CUCUGCGCUCCUCUCUCUCCUUUAUUUAAUUAGGCAGCUCCACAUCAAACCGCAGCCCUGUUCGAGGAGUUUAUCCUUCUGAUGGAAAAUAAACCACGCUGUGAUAUUCCAUAAGGCAGCGUUUAGAUGUAGCGUGAGGGUGAAGCGCUGUGACUGAGAUAAACAUGGGGGAUGUGAGUGAAGCUUCUCUCCUGGACUAUAUCUGUUCCUCUGGAGGAAAAGUGAGAAACUCAGACUUGUUGAAGACCUAUAAGCAGUUUGUAAGCCACAGUGACUUGCACCUCCGUGCCAAAUACAGGGAGGACUUCAAGCUCAUCAUCGACAGAAUAGCUGUGUGUAAAUCUGAGAAUGGAGAGAAGUACCUUAUCCUGAAGAAGAAGUACAGGCAGCUCAUGCAGGAGCGUGAAUCUGAGCCUGCGGCUUCUAAACAGGGGAUGAAGAAAAAAAACAACCAAGAUGAAUGGUGUGUAGGACCCACCAUUACUGUUACUGAUGCCCAAGACCCAGACGAGAGGGAGGAUUUUGUGACAGUGGAGAAUCCAGAACCCCUGUCAGAGGAGAACCCUGAACCCAUAGAGGCAGAUGAUGACCUGGAAAAGGACUCGGGGUCAAAGUCAGAAUCGGAGCAGGAGGAGGAAUCUACGGGUAGUGUAGGCUCUGCAUCUGUGGCUCUGGAUCCUAUUGAAAAAGAGUGGAUCUAUUCUGCGGCGUGUGGCCGACUCUCACACCUCACCCAGCUGCUCAAACAGGACGCCUCACUGGCCAACAAAAAAGAUUUUACCUCAGUAAGUUCAUUUGGUUUGUUCCAACAAUUAGACUUUGCGUGUGAACACAACUGUUUGGUAAUAACGUCUUUCUUUUCCUUUCCCUUUUUUCUUAUAUUUUCCUCUGCUUGUUUCUUCUGUCGUCCCCAAGUGCAGACCACCUGUACCCAUCCCUUAUCCCUUCCUUUUAUCUCAGUCUCUCUCUCUCUCUGUGUCUUCCCUUCAUGCCCUGUAUACCAUGACCCCUCCCUGUCGUCCUGGACCAACUCUUCCAUGCUCCAGUUUACCGCCCUGCACUGGGCUGCUAAGCACGGAAAAGAGGACAUGGUUACUGUGAUGGCUGACGCAGGGGCCGACGUCAACACCAAAGCUGGAUACACACCUUUGCACAUUGCUGCACUACAUGGCCAUGUGUACAUAUUUAAUCUGCUCAUCCAAACGUAUGGUGCAAAGGAAAAUGUGCGAGACUACAGCGGUCACUUAGCGUCCCAUUACCUGAAUAUACAGAAAGCAGAGGAGAGCAGUGAUCUGAAUGCUGGAUACCACAGCCCAGCCCAGGUGACUGAGCGCCGCAACAGGAAGUUAACAUCUCUGUUUCACUCGCGGAAGAAAUGGGGUUCUGCAGAAGACCUGGCACCCGUACCUGAGGAGAGGAGCGCCUCACAUCAGCUCAUUGUCCCUGCCUUCAGACCUAGGAAGUUCUCACGCUGAACUCUUAUCACUCAUAUACAGCACCAUAACAAGCGUUUAAGAACAGUCAGUUCUCUUUAUGGUGCAUAGGUUUAUAAACCUGGUAUUUGUUCUUUACACAGAAAUACUGCAUAUUUCUUAUUUAGUAGCUAUGUGGUAGUAUUAAACUGUCACUGUUUUAUUUAUGUUUUUAUGUUAGAGGUUUUGUACCACUAAUUUUUUUUUUUUUUUUUGCUUUGCGAGGGCCAAGUUCAUACGGGAUGAUUAAAUAAUAACCUGUUUUAUUUUUCGAUUCUCUUAAUGAGAAAAAUAUACAAGUUGUCAUGCUGUUACAUGCUUUCAGUUUAUUAAAUUUUAUAUAUAUAUAUAUAUAUAUAUAUAUAUAUAAAUAAGGGGUGGCACGGUGGUGUAGUGGUUAGCGCUGUCGCCUCACAGCAAGAAGGUCCUGGGUUCGAGCCCCGGGGCCGGCGAGGGCCUUUCUGUGUGGAGUUUGCAUGUUCUCCCCGUGUCCGUGUGGGUUUCCUCCGGGUGCUCCGGUUUCCCCCACAGUCCAAA